AUGUCAUCCUGCAGGAAUCUCCUUCAGUUCAGGCUCAAGAGGAAAAGCUCCACUCGGCCCGGUGCGAGAGGAGCGCCCUCCGGAGACAGCCACGGCCCAACUGGCUUCAACAGCCACGGUCCAACUGGCUUCAACAGCCACGGCCCAACUGGCUUCAACAGCCACGGUCCAACUGGCUUCAACAGCCACGGCCCAACUGGCUUCAACAGCCACGGCCCAACUGGCUUCAACAGCCACGGCCCAACUGGCUUCAACAGCCACGGUCCAACUGGCUUCAACAGCCACGGUCCAACUGACUUCAACAGCCACGGUCCAACUGGCUUCAACAGCCACGGUCCAACUGGCUUCAACAGCCACGGCCCAACUGGCUUCAACAGCCACGGCCCAACUGGCUUCAACAGCCACGGUCCAACUGGCUUCAACAGCCACGGCCCAACUGGCUUCAACAGCCACGGCCCAACUGGCUUCAACAGCCACGGCCCAACUGGCUUCAACAGCCACGGCCCAACUGGCUUCAACAGCCACGGUCCAACUGGCUUCAACAGCCACGGCCCAACUGGCUUCAACAGCCACGGUCCAACUGGCUUCAACAGCCACGGUCCAACUGGCUUCAACAGCCACGGUCCAACUGACUUCAACAGCCACGGUCCAACUGGCUUCAACAGCCACGGCCCAACUGGCUUCAACAGCCACGGCCCAACUGGCUUCAACAGCCACGGUCCAACUGGCUUCAACAGCCACGGCCCAACUGGCUUCAACAGCCACGGCCCAACUGGCUUCAACAGCCACGGCCCAACUGGCUUCAACAGCCACGGCCCAACUGGCUUCAACAGCCACGGCCCAACUGGCUUCAACAGCCACGGCCCAACUGGCUUCAACAGCCACGGCCCAACUGGCUUCAACAGCCACGGCCCAACUGGCUUCAACAGCCACGGCCCAACUGGCUUCAACAGCCACGGUCCAACUGGCUUCAACAGCCACGGUCCAACUGGCUUCAACAGCCACGGUCCAACUGGCUUCAACAGCCACGGUCCAACUGACUUCAACAGCCACGUUCCAACUGGCUUCAACAGCCACGGCCCAACUGGCUUCAACAGCCACGGCCCAACUGGCUUCAACAGCCACGGUCCAACUGGCUUCAACAGCCACGGUCCAACUGGCUUCAACAGCCACGGCCCAACUGGCUUCAACAGCCACGGCCCAACUGGCUUCAACAGCCACGGCCCAACUGGCUUCAACAGCCACGGUCCAACUGGCUUCAACAGCCACGGCCCAACUGGCUUCAACAGCCACGGUCCAACUGGCUUCAACAGCCACGGUCCAACUGGCUUCAACAGCCACGGUCCAACUGACUUCAACAGCCACGGUCCAACUGGCUUCAACAGCCACGGCCCAACUGGCUUCAACAGCCACGGCCCAACUGGCUUCAACAGCCACGGCCCAACUGGCUUCAACAGCCACGGUCCAACUGGCUUCAACAGCCACGGUCCAACUGGCUUCAACAGCCACGGCCCAACUGGCUUCAACAGCCACGGCCCAACUGGCUUCAACAGCCACGGUCCAACUGGCUUCAACAGCCACGGCCCAACUGGCUUCAACAGCCACGGCCCAACUGGCUUCAACAGCCACGGUCCAACUGACUUCAACAGCCACGGUCCAACUGGCUUCAACAGCCACGGUCCAACUGGCUUCAACAGCCACGGCCCAACUGACUUCAACAGCCACGGUCCAACUGGCUUCAACAGCCACGGUCCAACUGGCUUCAACAGCCACGGUCCAACUGGCUUCAACAGCCACGGUCCAACUGACUUCAACAGCCACGGCCCAACUGGCUUCAACAGCCACGGUCCAACUGGCUUCAACAGCCACGGUCCAACUGGCUUCAACAGCCACGGUCCAACUGACUUCAACAGCCACGGCCCAACUGGCUUCAACAGCCACGGUCCAACUGGCUUCAACAGCCACGGUCCAACUGGCUUCAACAGCCACGGUCCAACUGGCUUCAACAGCCACGGUCCAACUGGCUUCAACAGCCACGGUCCAACUGGCUUCAACAGCCUCUGGAAUCUUUAUCAGAGAAAAUCAAUGCACGGAAAGGUGUUGGCAUUAAAGGUUCUCACAGAGCGGUAUUUUAUUACGAGGUCUAAACUUCUACUUUUACUACAGUAG